UCGAUAGCGUCAGAAAAAAUGAAGGUAUUCAGACUACUUUGGGGAAUAUUCAUUUUUCAAGAAUGUACUCUAGCUGUAUUACAAAACGGAUAUGCUUUCAAGACGUCUCUAUGCGAGGGUAAGAAUGGCGGACUUUUGCCGAUGUUUGGAACAUGCAAAGGUUACUAUGUGUGUGCAGAUGGAAAAGCAGUGAUCGGGACUUGUGAACCGAAUACCCUGUUUAAUCCAUUGACCUUGCACUGCGAUGAUCCCGAUAAAGUGGAUUGUAUUUUCGAAGGAAACGAUAAGGACAGUGGGAAGACAUCUAGUGCCGAAAGUGAAGAAGAUGAAGAGGAAAUGAUCGUUAAGACUGAUCCUCCAGUUACUGUCAAGCCAGUGAAAAGACAACGACCUUCCGGACAGGACAAAGGACUUUUGGAUAUGACAGAUAGAAUGUGUGCUGGUAAAAAGGAUGGAGUAAUGCUUACAAGGAAGGGAUCCUGUCAGGAAUACUUUGUCUGCAAGUCGAGGAAACCCCAUCUUCGCUCUUGUUCUGGUCAACAACAUUUGAGUCCAACGCGACGAAUUUGCAUGAAGGCUUCAGAAGCCAAGUGUUUAGUUACUUCGCAUGAAACCAAAAUGUUUGAUGGACCUGCUUUAACAGGAGGAGUAUGUUCAGAUGAAAAGCAAAACUCACUCGUGGCCCAUCGGAGUGAUUGUGGCAAGUUUAUGCUGUGCAGCAACAUGGUGUUCUUGGUGAUGGACUGCCCCAGUGGUUUGCAUUUCAAUACCGCUUCCUCGCGAUGUGACUAUCCCAAGAUUGCCAAAUGUCAGACGAAGCAAAAGGAAACCAAGAGCAAACCAAAGUCAAGAAAGCCUAUUCGCAAGACCAAAUUUCGAUUGUUGUAA